GUUCCGGGUGCGCGGCCCCGGAUGUUGGCUGCUCCCGCUGCCGCCGCCGCUCUCGGCGCUGCUCCGGGCCUCGGCCGCUCGCACCAGGGGCCGUUGGGAUCUUCCCCGGGGGUGGGAGACGCACGCAGCGGCCGGGGGCUCGGCCGGGCCGUCCCGGCCUGCGCAGCCUGAGAUUCUCUUUGUGGCCAGAUGGGUUUGUAUGGACAGGCUUGUCCAUCUGUAACUUCAUUAAGGAUGACGUCAGAACUGGAGAGCAGCCUAACGUCCAUGGACUGGUUACCACAGCUCACCAUGCGAGCGGCCAUCCAGAAAUCCGAUACUACGCAAAAUGCACAUGGGACGGGAAUUUCUAAGAAGAGUGCACUCCUUGACCCGAACACCACCCUGGACCAGGAGGAAGUCCAGCAGCACAAAGAUGGGAAACCUCCAUACAGUUACGCCAGCCUUAUUACGUUUGCAAUUAAUAGCUCACCCAAAAAGAAAAUGACUCUAAGUGAGAUUUACCAGUGGAUUUGUGAUAACUUCCCAUAUUAUAGAGAGGCUGGCAGUGGUUGGAAGAAUUCCAUUCGACAUAAUCUGUCCCUGAACAAGUGUUUCCUUAAAGUGCCUCGAUCCAAGGAUGACCCCGGAAAGGGGUCCUAUUGGGCAAUAGACACCAAUCCGAAGGAAGAUGCACUGCCUACUCGGCCAAAGAAGAGAGCACGAUCUGUAGAACGGGCCUCAACUCCAUAUAGCAUAGAUUCAGAUUCUUUGGGAAUGGAGUGUAUUAUUUCGGGAAGUGCCUCUCCAACUCUGGCAAUCAACACUGUGACUAACAAAGUAACAUUGUACAACACCGAUCAGGAUGGUAGCGACAGCCCACGCAGCAGCCUUAACAACAGUCUCUCAGACCAGAGUUUGGCGUCUGUUAAUUUGAACAGUGUUGGAAGUGUGCAUAGCUACACACCGGUGACAAAUCAUCCAGAACCGGUCUCUCAGUCAUUAACUCCUCAGCAGCAGCCACAGUACAACCUUCCAGAACGAGACAAACAGCUGCUGUUCUCAGAAUACAAUUUUGAAGAUCUCAGUGCCUCAUUUCGGAGCCUUUAUAAGUCAGUUUUUGAGCAGUCACUUAGUCAGCAAGGUUUGAUGAACAUCCCUUCCGAAUCUUCCCAGCAGUCCCACACUUCGUGUUCCUAUCAGCACUCUCCUAGCAGCACAGUGAGCUCUCACCCACAUGGCAACCAAAGCAGUCUGUCCAACAGCCAUGGCAGUGGUCUCAACACAACGGGCAGUAACUCGGUUGCACAAGUCUCACUGUCGCACCCCCAGAUGCACACACAACCCUCUCCACACCCGCCUCAUCGACCGCAUGGUUUAGCACAGCAUCCGCAGCGCCCCCAGCACCCAGCAGCACACCCGCAGCAGCACGGCCAGCUCCAGUCUCCUCACCCCCAGCACCCCUCUCCACAUCAGCACAUGCAGCACCACCCGAACCAUCAGCACCAGACGUUAGCACAUCAGGCCCCCCCACCCCCACAACAGGUAUCCUGUAAUUCUGGUGUUUCAAAUGAUUGGUAUGCAACACUUGACAUGCUGAAAGAAAGCUGUCGAAUUGCCAGCAGUGUCAAUUGGUCGGAUGUAGACCUUUCACAGUUCCAAGGUUUGAUGGAGAGUAUGAGACAGGCAGAUCUCAAGAACUGGUCUUUAGAUCAGGUUCAAUUUGCUGAUCUCUGUUCUUCUCUUAAUCAGUUCUUUACACAAACUGGCCUUAUCCACUCACAGAGUAACGUUCAGCAGAAUGUCUGCCAUGGUGCCAUGCAUCCAACAAAACCCUCCCAACACAUCGGAACAGGAAACCUGUACAUGGACUCCAGGCAAAACCUCCCUCCUUCAGUGAUGCCAACCCCUGGGUAUCCUCAUAUCCCACAAGCACUUAGCACUCCAGGAACAACGAUUGCAGGCCAUCACGGAGCCUUGAACCAGCAGCACGUGAUGCCUUCCCAAGCCUUCCAGAUGCGGCGUGCCCUGCCCCCGGAUGACAUCCAGGACGACUUUGAUUGGGAUUCCAUCGUGUAGAGUUUGUUUCCCGAGGCGUCAGACCCAGUGCCACCUUUCUGCGCGGUGAGGGAUGUUUGGGGACGCAGUUGAGGAGACAACGUCGCUCACCAUUUUACCAAUGUUAGUGAAGUUUCUUUGAAGACAAUCAAGAAGAGUUUAGCCGGAUGGCGUACUGCUUUUAUCUGACCCAGACGAGUACCGCGUGUCCGUCUCCCUGCCAGCUGCCCUCUGUAGCUCCUGACUGUUGUGUGGUUUGAACGGCUUUUGCGUAUUUGUGUCAGUUUGAUGUCGACCACAAGUGCCAGACUGAUUUUUCAGACAGAGCCUGUGUUGCUCCCAGCAGUUUAUAGAUGCCUACGUGUAAAUACAUGUGCAAAAACGACCGAAAGGCUUCAGCUUUUUCUAAUUGGAUUAUUAUGUCUGGAAAAGACAGUUACCGUGAGUUUGUGUUCCUUGUUAGGCUGUUUUCUGCAGGAUGCUUUUCACUGAUGGAGGCAGCUGAAAGGACGUAGAUUAUUUCAAAGCCCAGUUCCCCUUAUUUAAUCUCUUUCAGAAAUAGGAGUGCUGAGUUCUACGCAGCAAGUCGGAGAACUCAGACUUGGAUAGUCUCCAAACAGUCCAGAGGGGCGUGUGGUUCCUGGUAGCACAAAAACUGACCGAAUGUUUUUUGAUGCCUGGAGGAGUCUAGAGUCGAUGUUGUACUUUGUCAGUGGCUGCUUUUCGAAAUCCACAUCGUGUGACAGUUCUAAAGGUGUGCUUGCUUAGAAGCUGGGCAUCGCUUGGCAUUUAAAACAAAUCAAUGUCUCCACAUUCACUUAUGUAUUUAUUAUUCAGAAGUGUUAUUUUAAUAUUUAUUGCUGUCUUCUGUGAAUACUCAACGCCUGUUGGGUAUAUUGAGGAGAAAUGCAGUGUCUGAAAGCACAGAAUUAUUUUUCUUGAUAAGAGUUUACAGACAAGACAAUCAGAGAGAGAUUGUGUCAUUCUCUUUAUCGUUACUCUUCUGCCAUGUGAGUGUAUUUCUCUAUCUUCGCAUUCCUGCUGAUUGAGACUUACUAGCUAAAUAGGAUUUUCUGGAAUUUGAAUCAGAGUUCACUUGGUCAGCAGAACAGCAAGUUUCCCACUCAUUCGGUUUCCGUUUAGGAAACACUGAAAGGAGGGUAGAGCCGCAUGUGGGUUGUGUUUGCCUCCGUCUUCAGCGUAGUUGCCGUCGAGAGACCUGCUGUUUCUGUUGUCCUGUGUGCAUGACGUUUGGGUCCUUUCUUUGAAAUGCAGCCUGCCUCUUCGGGGUUCUUGUUAGUUGUUUUUGUUUUGUUUUAUACCAUAUCACAGUUACUUUGCAUGGAUUGAUUGUCUUAGUUUUCUAGAAAUGGGAUUUCUUUUUUAAAUGAAGAGAUUUUGAAUUUGUUCUUUAGACCAAAAAAAAAAAUAUUUUUUUUUUCCCAGUUCUAGUGAGGAAACAGUAUGUUCCAUCAAAUCAAGGAGUAAUAACUGCUCACUGGUUGCUUUUUAGCAUCUCUGGUCUUGAUCAGCCAAGCUUAUUUAAGUCACUUUAAUUACCCUUUAGUGAUUCCGUGGUUGAGUAAUCUCGACUUGAACUAAACAGAGUCUGUGUGUGUGUGUGUGUGGUGUGUGUGUGUGCGCACGUGUGUGUGCUUGUGGAUGCGUGUGGGUAUUUUUUUAGUAGAGGGCGGCCUUGAAUGGAUCACUGGGAAGCUAUAACCAUGGCAGAGGCCGGCGAGCUGGGGAGAAAGGAAGGGCUUUAUGUUCCUGUGGUUGGGACCUUGCUUGGCGUGAAGAAGGAAGCUCAGUUCCAGCCCCUUGGAUCAGCGAAUAUCAGAAGAUUCUGCAAAGGCAGCCAAUAGGCCCUUCUCAGAUGGAUCCGAGGUGAGAUGAGAUAGCAGCCUGCAGAGUAAAGGCUUGCAAAGGGGGGGUGGUUCUCAGUAGUCUGCUUAAGUCACUGUUCUCUAGAUACCAAAUAGCUGUUGUGAAACUUUCCGUUGUGUGGAUAGCAGCGUGCACUUUAAACAGUUUGGUAUUAGAAUGCAGUUGCUCGUGCUGAGUGACUCCAGCAGAAACCACUGGUGAAGACUCUACAAAUUGUGUGAAGCUCAUUUCCCAUUUGGCAAAUCAUUUACUGAUCUGCAGUGAUCAAUAUUUUUGUGAGAAUUUAAACUUAGCAUGAAUGGCCCUGGGGGCAGAGCCUCCAGCCAGACCCAUCCCUCCCUUGUGAUGCACGUGGUGUCCGGGGAGCCCAGGACAGGCCUUUCUCAGUGGGCUCCAGCCAGAUGGGCUACCUGGUGAGGCAGUGCGUCCGUCCCAGUGGUGAUGCUCAUGCAGAGCAAGGUCUGUCCUGGGCUUAAAUUGACUGAAGACCUUUGGGGGGAAGAAUCAUAACUGCAUAUAAUCAAACAGGGGUACUCUGUCCAGGAGAAUAAUCCGACUGGCAUUUGUGGCAGUUUCUGAAAUGUCAAUGUAUUCAUGUGUGUUCUUGUAAAUACAUGUCUCUCCGAUGUCCUUUGAAGUGGGAGGGGAUCAAUCUGGGGAUUAUUUCAAAUGGAAUAGAGUAUUUUGAUAUUGUUCAUUCAGAGGGUGAUGUGUACAUAUCUAUAUUGUAUAUAUGUGAUGAAAACGCAUUGGCUUUUUGUGCAAACACAAUCUGCUCUCUGUACUGCUGUUGGACAGUCAGUGUUUUAAUGUUUCUACAGUUUUGCUAUUGCACGAUUUCAUAACGGCACCCAUUCUUUGUAACUGUUUAGUGCUGUAAAGAAAUAUUCCAAGUGUCAUUAGGAUUGUUGCUGCCAGUGAUAUGCAUGAAUGGCACUUAAAAUAAAUAUAUCAUGUUAACUCUA